AUGAGCGUCGCUAAAAGAUCGGUUGCUGAUAGACCUGCUGAGAUUAAAACUCAAGCGCCAGAACCUGCCGUUAAAGGAGCAAAUGUUAGCGGUAGAGGCUGGAAAGUGGACAAAGGUCAAUUCAGAGUUGGUAGCAGACAAGUAAAAAACAAGAAGCUUACGUCUUGGGAGCUUAAGAAAGAGAAAAUGCUCGAGGACAAGCAGUUCAAGCUCAAACUAAAAGAACUAAAGGAUGAGAAGAAUCAAGCCCAUAAAGAUAAGAUACAGGCGUUGAAGGAGCGCAGGGAAAAGAAGGAGGAGCAAGAACGCUACGAAAGAUUGGCAGUCAAGAUGCAUGCAAAGAGAGUUGAUCGUUUGAGGCGUAGGGAAAAACGUAACAAAGCAUUGAAAGAACGUUAG